AGGCUCCUGCAGCGGUCGCCGGCGGUCGGGUGGGGAGCACUUGUGCGCCCCUCGGACCUGACCCUUUCAGCGCUCUGCUCCCGCUCCAGCCUACCUCGCUCUUCGGCACCAUGACCACCACCACCACUUUCAAGGGAGUCGAUCCCAACAGCAGGAAUAGCUCCCGGGUUUUGCGGCCUCCAGGCGGUGGAUCCAAUUUUUCAUUAGGCUUUGAUGAACCAGCAGAACAGCCUGUGAGGAGGAACAAAAUGGCGUCUAGCAUCUUUGGGACACCUGAGGAAAAUCCUCCUUCAUGGGCCAAGUCGGCAGGUGCCAAGUCUAGUGGUGGCAGAGAGGAUUCUGAGUCAUCUGGACCCCAGAGAAGGAACUCUUCUGAAGUGAAUGCUGGAGACUUCUUAGAUCUGAAGGGAGAAGGCGACAUUCAUGAAAACGUGGACACAGACUUGCAGGCCAGCCUGGAGCAGAGUGAGGAGAAGCCCGUGCCUGCUGCCCCUGUGCGCCCAGUGGCUCCGGCCCCGGUGCCAUCCCAAAGAAACCCCCCUGGUGGCAAGUCCAGCCUCGUCCUGGGUUAGCUCCAAUUCUCUUGAACUCUGUCGUUUUGUUUGUUUGUUUUCUCCAUGCUUGUGAACUGCACAACUUGAGCCUGACUGUACAUCUUUUGGAUUUGUUUCAUUAAAAAAGAAGUACUUUA